AUGGGGGAAGCAUUGCAUUAUGAGUGGUCCCCGAGCCUGACAAAUAAUGGGGACCCAGGUUUACUCCCUCAGGCUACUCGGCCUAUUUCAGGGUCUCGCUUGCCAGUGGUAGGGUAUUCCACAGCACUAAAGCUGCUAGUUUGUUCUGCCAUCAUACUUUUAGUGGCUCUCUGCGCUCGACAUCAAUUACAGCACUUGUCGGAACAUGGUUGCAGGACUGGAGACAUCGAAUCACCCUCGCAAGACUCCGAUGAAGACAGUCCGUCUGGAGACCUGAGGAUUGAUGACCGUCAACCAUCACAAGGAGCAAGCGCAGCAGAGGAACGCGUGAGCAGGAGCUGUGAAGACGAAGCAUCUGGAGGUGCCGCUGCAGCAGCACCGGGAGCAGCAGCAGAUGACAAGGAUGGCGACUCCGACAGCAAAUUCGGCCAUCGAGCUUCUGGAAAAGGCUGUGAGGAACGUAGAACGGAAAGGCAAGGAGAUUCAAACUCGGCUGGUGACAUCUCACCACCCUCGCAAGUAGAUGACGUUGAUGAAAACAGUCCAUGUGGGGACCUGAGGAUUAACAACCGUCAAACAUCACCCGGCGCCCACGACGAGUCUACUUCACAAUCAGACGCAGCAAGUACUCAAGCUCCGGGAACCGGAGCAGCAGAGGAAGGCGUCAGCAGCAGCUGGGAAGACGAAGCACCUGGCGAUGCCGCGGCAGCAGCUCCAGAAGCAGCAGCAGAUGACGAGGAUGACGACUCCGACAGCAACUGCGGCCACCUUGUUUAUGACGCUGUAUGUAGUGAUCAAGAAAGUACUGUGAACAAUGCCGAGAGCAUAGGCGCUCAGCCGCAUGAUUUGCAGGCAGCUGCUGGGGAAGCCGCUGAGAAACAUAAAGUGGAAAGGCCGGGGCGUGCGAGAUGGAUGGGGCCGCUGGCUGGUCUCUUGGAAACUGCCGGCAAGAAAAUAACUAGCGGAAACUCUGAUGUGGCAGCAAACCCAACACCAGAAGAAGCAGCAGGUGAGACUGCUGCCAGCAGUUCAAAGGCGCCUCAACCUCAGGAAGGCAGGCGUCAUUACACGAAAUUGGCCUUGGGGGAUUCGAGUUCUCCCCACUAUAGAGAUCUGGGAAAACCUUAUGACUUUCCGAAUCUCAAGGCAUUAAACUAUACUGAGCUACGACAAGAGCUGCUGAAGUUUGCAGAAUCCAUGGGUAACCUGUGCUCUCCCCAUAGCGAACCAUUUCGAGCUACGGUCAAGGCGGACUGUGAUAUUUGCGGCGUUGGUACAGUGACCUUGCAUAUUGAGAUUGUGGAGGAAAAUAUGAAAAAUCAAAGCUUCUUAGACCAAGUUAGGGAAAGACUAUUUUUAGAAAACCCGUUUGACAGACGGCUGGCUCAGAGGGUUAGUCUUCCAGUCCUCGUGCGGCAAUCACGUUUAGCCACAGCUGGGACCAUUGGCGAGGCGCUAUUGUGGGGUGGUAAUGACAUUGCAGUUUACGCGCGAUUUGUUGGCACUAACGUAAGAGAUGAGCGUCGUGGUUUCAACCUGUGUGGAGCAGACAAGGUGUAG